ACCUGCGGCCCAUCAAUCUACGUAGAGUGCUUCGUCGCGGCCGUCACAGAAGUGCCGAGGUUCAACGCCAGGACUCCGAGAUGGUGGUGAUGCUCAACACGUGCUGCGCGAGGUACGAACUACGGAAGGGCUGCAUCAUUAUAGGAGCCUUCUGGCUGGUGAUCUCUCUGGUGGUCGUUGUGGGAGCACCGCUGAUGAUGCGCAAUCUGGAGCAAGACAUGGACGAUGUUUACCAACACUUCAGUGGCUCGUGGAACUCAGAAAAGCAGAAAAUGUAUGACAUCACGCUGUCAGUCCUCAGAGCCACCUUCUACGGGAUCACCGCCAUGGCGGUAGUGGAUGGCAUCUGCUCCACCAUGCUCAUCUUCGGCGCUCGCCAGGACAAGCCCGGCCUGGUGCUGCCGUGGGUGGUGGAGCAGAUGGUGGUGCUGCCCGUGUGGGCUCUGCUGGCGCUGGCCUUCGCCGUCCUCAGCUACAUGGAGGGCCAGCUGCAGAGGUCCACCGUCAGCGUCUUCCUGCUGCUGGUGCGUGCAGGUGUGAGUGUGUACUUCAUCCUGGUGGUGUACAGCCUGUACAGGUACCUGAGGGGCGAGCUGGUGCCCACCAGUCCCAACCGGGCCGUCUGAGGGAAACACCCUACCUAGGUUUCCACGUCUUCACUCAUGUCGUUUCAACAGCGACCGACUGCUGCAAAUGUUUCCAGCUCCUUUGGCCACACAAGAACAUACUACGCUGCAUCAGCCGCGCCGAAGCAUGAACUCGCAACAAAGUCUUCUGACCAAAGGCGUGGCCACACAAAAGUUGCUCAAGGGAACUACAGCUCGUGCAUUCUGAAACCUCCGUGGAUACAUUACAGUUUUAAUGCUCACAACUUUGAUAAAAGGCAUCUAGUUGGAGGCAAAGAGAUGAAUUUCGAAACUAUUUGCAGAUCGGUAUUCGGGCAUACAGAUCUUAAUCAGUAGUAUCUGGUACAUAAUAUAAAAAACAGAAAUAUCUAUACCUACCACAAUAACGUAAGAAAACGUUGGCUACACUAGAGAAGAAACAUGAUAUUACUUACAUACUGCAAACAUCAACAUCAAACGACGUGUCUGUCGGGUCUAAAAUAUUUGUAAUCAUUAUCAGUGAUGUUGAUCUAGAAAAUAUAGAGCCGCAUGAAUAUUUAAAACCUAACUAAUCGAUGAGUUGAAAAAUGGAUCAUGCCCACUUUUUUCCCAGAUUAAGACAAUCAGAGAUAAAUGAUCUUUAUAUCUGUAUGCAUCGUUUGCUACAACAGGGGGUCACGUCCCAGCAACAUAAGUGGUCCUUAGGAAGGUACUGAGUCAGAGAAUGGGCCAUGUCGAUAUAAUAAAGCAUUUAGUGUGGUCUUGUUCCAGUAAAAAUAAAAAAGAGACUGGACGAUGUUAAGAAAAUACUGCAAUACAUACCUGAUGAGCAGAAAUCAUUUUAUGAUAGUAACUGCUAGUGGUCAGUGAAGGAUGGACAAGAUAAAGAUUCCCACUACUGUCUACUUUGCUGUAUUUUGCUUGUGGCUGCGUUUGGGGUAGAUUAUGAAUAAACCUAUAUGCUCAUAAUACAAUCUUGUACUGCGACGAUGUAUAUGAAUAAUAUAAACUUGCACAAUACAAUCUUUCAGCUGCAAACAGAACAGUACAGGUGCAAAAUCUCCAGUACAUUAAAGCUGGAUUACUGGCCAAAGUCGAUGGCUAACGUAUGUUGUAAUGGUGUAUAUUGUUUUACCCUGGAGUCAAUUGCUGCAAGGUACCUCAACGACACCAUGCUUAAACCGGUUGUGCAGUAAAGUACUUCUUCGUGUCUCGUGAAGAAUUUACUUUCUGGGACAUAUGGCUUUUCCAACUCGCAGAUUCAAGUUUGACACUGUAGAUAAUCGUUCCAGAGACACCGGUAGUGUCCGUUCUCUCGUGGUAAAAGCAAAGUGUUUCACCUCUGCAGUACACAUUUCGUCACGUGUAUGUGUUUUGAACCUGUGAAGUGGUAAACGGAAUGAUAAUGACCCGCCGGCCGCGGUGGUCUCGCGGUUCUAGGCGCGCAGUCCGGAACCGUGCGACUGCUACGGUCGCAGGUUCGAAUCCUGCCUCGGGCAUGGAUGUGUGUGAUGUCCUUAGGUUAGUUAGGUUUAAGUAGUUCUAAGUUCUAGGGGACUAAUGACCACGGCAGUUGAGUCCCAUAGUGCUCAGAGCCAUUUGAACCAUUUGAUAAUGACCAGCUCUUUAAAAUACACGUGAAAACGAUCACCUGACCAUUUCUUCUAUAGUUGUGUGCUAAUUGCAAUGUGAUUUGUAACAGUCACGCUUCCUGAUCGUACAGGACGCUACCAUCACACUGAGAAAUCAAGACAGUGUGUCUCGUAGCAGAGGUGUCAUGUAAUCUCUGGUACCAUACCUAGAUUCAUCGGUGGCAUCCACUCACUGUGUACAUAGUGAUGCGUGCCGCUGAUCUCCUUGGCUUUCGAUUCGCAGCAGCGAUAUUUACAGCGCUGGCUGCGCGAGUAGAGGGACUGUGAUGUCACGAGGACGGGGUCUUAAGGUGGAGAAUGCCGCGCGAUAGGUGGGAGAAGGAAACACAGCGGGUGGCGGACGAGUAGGUACCUAACACGUGACACACCACUGCAGUGUCGCGUUGUGGACCCGUGGUGGGCGCGAGCGAACCAGCGUUGAGUAUAGCGGGCCCUGGCGGCGAGGAAUCGUUAGCGUCAGGAUUUCACCCGGAGCAAGUCCCGCCCACUCACCCCCGGUUUUCCCGGUCUUUGUUCGGCGCCUGGGCAUCGUGUCAGUUGACCCACGUGGUUUGCCGCGUUCGGCUGCACUUGGAGUGAAUGUUACGUUAAUAUCUUGUUAGGUCUUAAAUUUUGCCAGAUAGUUAAAAGACACGUUACAAAAAAAGCGUACAAUUGGCCCCAGCUGUGCCAGGUACUUCCGCAGCAAACACAAGAGAAAACAAUUUAGCACUGAAUUCUUUAAAUACGAGAACUCAGUAUUCAGAUGAACAGCCUAUGAAGAAACAUACUUCUAUGUGAGAUAAAGCACCCAAAGCUAAAACAGGAAAAACCUACCCUCAAAGAAUAAUUUGCUUGGAGAAAGGGGAACCACGGUAUACUUGACGGUUGAGUUUCAGAACUCAGACAGUAUACGCGAAACAAGCACCAGUAUUCACUAUAAUUCCAGAGGGCAUAAAAAUUACUUUGUUCUUGCUAGAUCGAUCCAGGCUGUUUUUGCGUCUUAUUCACUGAAUAGUUUUGCUGAAAAGUUUUAGGGGUGGAAGAAGAGCUAGCACAGCAUGAUGGACUAUUUCAGCCGUGAAACGCUGCAGCAUUAAUUUCUCCAUAACUUCUCUGUGACAAACAUACACAUUAUCAUUAUUAUUUUUAAAAAAUGGUUUGAAUGACAUUUAUGAAAUUAAUAAAUCUUUUGGUCAAAAAUAGACAGGACAAAGAAUAACGACAGAUUAUUUUCCUGAGACGUUUGCAACAGCAUAUAGGACACUAGUCACACAGAAACAGCCACAAUUCUUUAUAACCUCGUUUAUAAUGCGCAGGUAUGGCAUUGGAAGAAUUUACAAGUUAAAAUUCACGCAUUACCCAUGAAAAUACUAAUGAAAUAUCUUACUGAUUUCAUUAGGCAUUUCUACUUUAUGGCAUUCUUAUAUUAUUUAAUUUUCGUGAGCUACUAUGAGGGCCUACACAAACAAAUCGACUUUCACUUAUUUCCAUGUUCAAAAAAUGUUCAAAUGUGUGUGAAAUCUUAUGGGACUUUACUGCUAAGGUCAUCAGUCCCUAAGCUUACACACUACUUAACCUAAAUUAUCCUAAGGGCAAACACACACACCCAUGCCCGAGGGAGGACUCGAACCUCCACCGGGACCAGCCGCACAGUCUAUGACUGCAGCGCCCGAGACCGCUCGGCUAAUCCCGCGCGGCACUUAUUUCUAUAUAACGUUGAUUUUAGACAACAGAGUUAGUCGACUGCAUCCGUGGCUUUUCUACCGACGUGACAGAUUCAAAACCAUUGUUUUCGCAUUGCAUGUUGCUCUGCUGUUUCCCUCAAAUAAACGUAUUAUAAUAAGUGAAUUAGUUAAUGAAAAUUUGUCCUUAUUGCCCUUAAAUAACAUCAAGUUAUUUUUUGUUUUCUAUUGCUGGUUAUGCUUUCAAUUCUCUAUAAAUAUUUUUAUUUCUUUAAUAAUGCAAAUCCGUAUUAUAUUACUAUCCAGAAAAACUUAAAUUUCUUAUCAUUACUGAAUUUCAUCACAGUGCAACAUGUGUUGGACUGUGACGAUAACAACUUUGAUGUAGUUUCCAGUCUGCGGAACUGGCGGGCUGUUUAGGGGAGGACCUUACACUACGGAUAGGUGUGGAGGGGGGUGAAUGGGCGGGGCUUGUUCCGGGGGAAAUCCUAGCGCUAAGGGCAUGUCUGGCGGCGGGGUGCUGUUAGGCGCUGACGAAACAAGCCGAUGCGGCUGUCGUCCCGGCUUGGCACGACGAAGCGCGAACUACACUCAUGUUCAGAAAAGAGUAGAACACCUUGAUCGACUAGAGAUAGACGUUCAUUUUCACAAGACAGGUACAUUAGUACGUUCUGCAGAAACGAUUAGCAUUUCAGACACGUCGGUUCAGCAUGUGUUCUGUUGACUAGCAGACACAGGGUCCGUCUUGAGCCCUGAUAACUUGUUCCAAGCGUGAUGGCAUCGACGCGUAUCAGGCGAGAAUGGCGUCCUGUGGUACAGCCAUCCAUGCUGCGUUCGCCUGAUUCCAAAGUCCAUUUCGGUCGUUGGUACUGGAUCACAGAGCUGCACGCGUCGUUUCACACAUUGUCGAUUGGCGACAGGUCUGUUAAUCUGGCGGGCCAGGGAAAAGGCUGAAAUCCUGUGACAGCAAGAAGGCAAGCGUUCGCUCAUAAACAUGGGGUCGUGCAUUGUCUUGCUGAAAAAUGGCGUCUGGGAUGUUGUGCGGAAAGGGUAUGGCUAUGGGUCGCAGGAUGUUGAAAUGGUUCAAAUGGCUCUGAGCACUAUGGGACUUCUUCUAAGGUCAUCAGUCCCCUAGAACUUAGAACUACUUAAACCUAACUAACCUAAGGACAUCACACACAUCCAUGCCCGAGGCAGGAUUCGAACCUGCGACCGUAGCGGUCGCGCGGUUCCAGACUGUAGCGCCUAGAACCGCUCGGCCACCCCGGCCGGCUUGUCGCAGGAUGUCAUUCGCUUAGGUCACACUGGCCACAGUGCCCUGGACAGGAACCAUCUGUGGUUUGUGGUUGUACCCAAUAGCACUCCACACCAUAGGGCCGUGAUUUGGCACUGUGUGUACUGUGUGAAUCCAAUCACUGUGAUGCAGCGCCCCCUGUCUGCGGCGAACCAAAAUGCGGCCAUCAGUUUCAUACAAACAGAACCUGGAUUCGUCCGAAAACGCUAUCUGAUGCCAUUCCUGUCCCCAGUAACAUCGUUCCAUACAGAUCAUUACUGUCUAGCACAUUCAUCAAAGAUAGACGAGGAAGUGGAUUACGCGCACGUAAGGCAUGCCGUAUUAAAUGGCAACGGACUGUCACCCCUGUUAGAGUACGAUGUGUUACACUGUUCCACUGUUACGCUAGAGCUGAGAAAGACACAGAUCUAUCGUGCAGUGCCAUUCGCGUGAUGUGUCGAUCUUCUGACCCAUCUCAUCGUGUUCUACGGCCUUCCGUGAACCAUUCUGCACACACCCGCUGCACAGCCGUAACACUUCGUCGCACACGAGCAGCAGUUUCCCAGGUGGAUGCAUCAUACCCUAUCAUGCCAAUAAAAAAUAAAUGUCGUGUGACUAGGGCCUCCCGUCGGGUAGACCGUUCGCCGGGUGCAAGUCUUUCGAUUUGACGCCAUUUCGGAGACUUGCGCGUCGAUGGGGAUGAAAUGAUGAUGAUUAGAACAACACACCACCCAGUCCCUGAGCGGAGAAAAUCUCCGACCCAGCCGGGAAUCGAACCCGGGCCAUUAGGAUUGAAAUUCUGUUGCGCUGACCACUCAGCUACCGGGGGCGGACAUCAUGCAUAAUGCGCCCUCUUUCGAACGCAUUGAUUUGACGGUACUGUUCGCGCAUAAGUCAGUAAGGCAUCCUUCUCACCUGAUCAAGUCACACUGAUCCAUUACCUUCGGUUUAUAGAGACAACGAGAGCCGUGGGCAAACUUCACCGGUAGGUGACGUUGCGCCGUGAUAUCGAUGUUGACUUUGAACCCACGUUCCGAGAUGGUUCAAAUGUUAAUCAUUUCUGCAGAACAUGCUGAUGUGCAUGUCCUGUACAUAUGAACGUCCUGUCUCUAGUCGUUCAAGAUGUUCUGUGUUCUUCUGAACGUGACUGUACUGCUAUUCCCAGAUUCCUGGUAACAUCAUCGUCAAGUAUCGUUCCUGGAGAAUUUAUCUGCUACAUUUUUUAUAAAAAUCACAUUGUUGUGCUGAAAAGCUCAGGUUGUGUGGAAUCUUGCACGUGUUUGGCAAGGAAUGUGGCAGUCUUGGGGUCAACUCCUGAGCUGAGACUUAGUGGGCAAAUGUAAGGCACUGUGACUGAAAUUAACAGGCAUUUGGGAUAGUACUGUUCUGUAUCGAGUAGCCAUUUCCAACCUACUUAAACUUACUGUGUGCUCUAUUCUCUCUAUCGAUACCAUUUUUUGUUUUCAUAUGCAUUUUACAUUUCACAGACACGUCGCUUGAUGCAGAUGUGCACGGUAUCUAAGUAAUCGUCUGUUCAUGCUUCAGUUUAUCCAAAUUUUUCUUGUGUUGCCAACGGAGGUACUCAUACAUUUUUUCUUCACCAUCUGUAUCAGAUGCCACUGAUGAUGGUCUGUAGACCAGAAUACCGCUCUGGGAAGUAAACAGUUUCGAAGCGCUGCUCUUUCUUUAUCAAAUACAUGCAAGCUGUGGACCGUCCGAUGUACUAGAAUUUUACUAUGUAAGUAUAGUGUAUGUAUUCUGCACGACUUUGUAACGUGUAGGUAUUUCAUAAGAGACAGAUUUUAUCCUAUGUUCCUCAGUAUCCAUUUCAAAUAUAAAUAGCAGCUACAAAACUCAUAUUUGAAUGUUUAGAGAAGUUUAUGGUUUUGAGCUACAAACAGGCCAUGAAGUAGCGUGGUUUUAAUUGGGAUAGGGACGUGUUAUGUCAAGAAGGGACAUUUAAUACCAUUAAGGAGAAGUCAAAAAGGGUAUGUAAACCUAUUGCUAGUAUUCAGUGGAUGAGAUCUUCAAGGAAGUUAUUUUUUCAAUAUAAAAAAAUAUUAAAAUGCAUUUUCUUAGUAUACCAACUCGAUUGUUCAAUUAUGUCAACUACUGCUCUUACAUUUUGGUCAGCUGAGGUUUUACAGACGUUUAACGGCAAGUAAAAAUUAACAGGCUUGGGUGACUUAUUUAAACUGUGUUCACAUUUAGCUCUCUACGUCUCUUAUGUACCAGAGGAUGCCACAAAAUAUAAUGAAGAUGAAUUCAAAUGUACCUUCUCAUAAAUGUGUUGCUUUCGAAGGUGACGGCCAAAACUGUUAAUUUUUUGUCGAAAUUAUAUAUGACUGUAAAAGACAAUAAACCACUCUGAAAUAUGUCUUAUAGCUAGCUCUUUCUACGGAGAAUGUCACACACAAUUUCGCUUAGUGCAUAGCAUUUGUUCACGCUACAAAUGAUACACUGUGUGUAUUUAUCCAUAUGUUGCUUCAACACAGCGAAAACAUUUACAUUCUGACAGGUUUGCAAGAGCUGCAAUGGCGAUGAAGUUCACUGCAUCGCUCAGGUAUGUAAAGAGAGGUAGAACGUAAGGAUAAAGGUCCGUGUUCUGGCCGUACACGAACAAGUCGGGCCCGACUGGCCGCCAUAUCAUCCUUUGCCGAUGACGUCACUGGGUGCAGUAUGGAGAGGGCGUGCUGUGAGUACACCGACACCGCUCUCCCAAUUGUUGACGGGCUUCUUAACUCUGGAAACGCUACUACGCAGUCAAGCAACUCUUCAGUUGAAUUACUGUCAUAAAAACAUUAUCAAUCGUUGUGAGAUGUAGCAGAAUAGAAUAAAAGCGUUUACAAAGAAAAUUAAUACGUUGAAAUAAUGAGAACAUAUCCUCAAAAAAAUAUGAGUGUACGAACAAUGGACCAAGGGAUUACAAUGGUUCAAAAUGGUUCAAAUGGCUCUGAGCACUAUGGGACUUAACUUCUGAGGUCAUCAGUCCCCUGGACUUAGAACUACUUAAACCUAACUAACCUAACGACAUCAUACACAUCCAUGCCCGAGGCAGGAUUCGAACCUGCGACCGUAGCGGUCGCGCGGUUCCAGACUGAAGCGCCUAGAACCGCUCGGCCACUCCGGCCGGCGAUGACAAUGGCUUUGGUUAUAUUUUUAAAAUUUGUUUUUUUGGUUGAUAUGAGGUACGUGUAAUAGGACGUGAGACUCACAGCUACAUACCAAAAAAACAGUCCGCAGCUCGUGGUCUAGUCGCUAGCGAUGGGUCCCAGGUUCGAUUCCCAACCGGGUUGGGAAUUUUCUCUGCCUGUUGACUGGGUGUUUGUAUUGUCUCCAGAAUGAGAUUUUCACUCUGCAGCGGAGUGUGCGCUGAUAUGAAACUU